ACUAAGAUCCUCUAUGAUCCUCUAUGUAAGACCAAUGAAGUACAGCAGGUGAAUCAGUUCCACAUAUUGAACUGGGCCCCAGAUGGUAGCUGCUCCAGCGUCAAGACCAUCACUGAUGUCAUCGAUGACGUCGUUAAAGUUCAGAUCCGAACUGGCAACAAACCUAUUUUGAUACAUUGCAGUGAUACAGUGAGCAGGUCGGGGAUGUUCUGUGCCAUAGCCACCACCAUUGAGAGGUGUAAGACAGAGGGAGUGGUGGAUGUGUUCCAGGUGGUCAAGGCUCUCCGUGUACAGAAACCUGGAGCUGUACGCACUGUGGGACAGUAUGAAGCUAUUUUUGAUGCAGUUCUUGUGUUUUUGGACUCUUUUGAAACAUACUCGCAAUAAUCAUGUUUGUUGAUUAAUUACGUCAUUUCCGCGCUGCAAGCUGCACACUGACGACCCUUUAUAGCUCGAUGAUAUGUAUGGCGGUUGUCUAGUCUAGACCACUAAAAGACUGGUAGCUAGAGGCUAAGCAGUGAUCGAGUGUUCGUGCUCGGCGGAUAGUGCAGUAACGGAGGAGGUGUCGAGUGCAGAGGACCAAGAGUUCGACUGGACAGCGGCAGCAGCGGAGGUUGCUGAUGAUGGUGCAGAUCAAGAUGAUGGUGUCAGUGUUACUGACUCUUCUCCUCUGGUCUCUGGUGGAGGUCCACUCUCAGAGCUUUCCCCGUCUCUCCUUCAUGGGCCAGACUCUGGCCAACCAUUCCUAUGUAGACAUCAGU